AUGGGUGAGAACAUAGUUCGGAGGAUUAUAUGUUCAGUCGAGGAUUUCGAGAUUCGGCACGGUAGCUGCUCCCCAGAUCUAAUCGGAGGUAGUUGCAGGCUUUUUACUGAUUUGGAUAAACUUCAUAUUCAACAUCUGCUGUGGAACAUACGCUUAGGAUGGCUACCUCAUCCAUCAAUUCUCGUGCCGAAGGCUCCCCAAAAAGAGGAUAAGUUCUCCAUUGCUGAUGUAGGAAUUGGCAGUGCAGAUUGGCUGCUGGAAUUAUCACAGAUAGUCUCUCCCAAUUUGCAGCUUCAUGGUUUCGACAUAUCCAAGGAGCUUUUUCCAGCAAAAGAAUAUCUCCUCUCGAACAUGAAGCUUGAGAUUCUUGAUGCUUUCGAAACGUUACCAGAGUACUUGAAGGGAAAUUUUGAUGUUGUUCAUAUUAGGGCUUUCAUAAUUGUCGUAAAAGGGGGCCAUCCUGGAGUUCUGCUAGACAAUCUCAUUGCUAUGCAGAAGCCAGGAGGAUAUCUUCAAUGGGAUGAGAUGGACUCUGCAUCUUUCAGUGCCCAUUCCCCUAAUGAAUUCACACCCAAAGUGGAUAUGGAACUAGUUAUAGACAGGUUUCAAGACAUUUGCAAGAGUGAUCUAGAUUUUGGAUGGGUCUCCAACCUGGCAGAGAUAUGUAUGUAA